AUGAUUCUUUUGAGGCGUCACCGCAUUGCGCUGUGUGGACAGAACUGCAUCAGUCCCUCAGCCCUCCCCAGGAUUGAUGCUUCCGCCUACAGUCCUGCCUGGAGCCUACCGAACACCUGGAGGUCCCUCCUGCUGCUGGCGCCGGCCACGCGUAACCGUCACUCGGAAGCGUUCUUGCAGCGCCUGCUGUGGCUGAGAGGCCGCGGGCGGCUGCGCCACGUGAACCUGGGGCUCUGCUCGCUGGUGUACGAGGCGCCCUUCGAUGCCCAGGCCAGCCUCUACCAGGCCCGCUGCCGCUACCUGCAGCCGCGUUGGAUCGACUUCCCCGGUCGGGUCCUCGACGUGGGGUUCCUGGGCCGUUGGUGGAUCCUGGAGAACCGCAUGCAGGAUUGCGACAUUAACGACGACGAGUUUCUUCACCUGCCUGCGCACCUCCGUGUCGUCGGGCCCCACCAGCUGCAUUCCGAGGCCAACGAGAGGCUGUUCGAGGAGAAGUACAAGCCGAUUGUGCUCACUGAUGACCAGGUGGACCAGGCGCUGUGGGAAGAGCAGGUCUUGCAAAAGGAAAAAAAGGAUAGACUGGCGCUGAGCGAGGCCAAUUCACUGGUGCAGGCCGAGGUUUCCAGAUGAAACCCCAGGUCUCCAGGUUCAGGCAGACUGUUUGCCACGAGUGGAUGCAACGGAUGAGAUGGCUGGUUGUAAACUCUGCUCGGUGUGGUUUUGUGGGAAGACCUUCUCGCUCCGUCUGUUUCAUUAGCCGAAGCUAAUUGAAAGCUUUCCUGAUCUUGGAGAUGGAGAACAGCUGAAGGACUGGUCUUGAACAUGGAGAAGAGCUGAAGCAUUUGUCCGUGUUAUAUUUAUAACCACCAGAAGUACUAGUAAGGAGCCUGUAUGGGGUAGCCUGUUGUCGACGGGGAUGUACUUCAGUGGUAGAGCACUUGCCUAGCGUGCCUGGGUUCUUGGCUUCCAAUCCCAGCACUGUAAAACAGAACAAAAAAGAACUUUUUGUUUGGGGGUUAUUGUUUAUUUGGUUGGGUUUUGAGACUAGGACUCCCAAAGAACCCAGACUGACCCUAAAUCCUCCUGCCUCAGCUCCAGUCCACCACAGUGUACACAGUCCAUGCAUAAUAGCCUACUGUGUAGCAAAGGGUGACUUGCCUGCACUUCCCAGAUGGGGGGAGAAAGGGUUCUGCUGUACACUUUAUUAUUGUUGAGUACUAGACAUCAAAGACGGGGUCUUGUACAUACAGGGCAAGCACUGAACCCCCAAGGCUUUUUUUUUUUUUUUUUU